UAUGUUGGUGGAGCACUUCGAAUUGAAGGUUAUGGAAGCUGUCAAUGGUAACAGAGAAGCAGAGUUUAAAAAUAGUCCGACAUACAUCAUUCCUGGGAAGUCAUCCACGCUUUCAAUCUUCACUAACAACAAGAAAACUUAUAUCGUGAGGUUAAGGUUUUAUGGUUUGGAAUCGGCUUGGACUGGAGAUAUACCGUUGCGGGAACAUGCAACAGGGUCCCAACCGUGGCUGGUAAAAGUUCCUCUUCAAGAGAGGGGCCAAUUUCUCAGCAUAUGGUGCCGCAUAGUGAUCCAGGAAAUUCAGAGGGUGAAACGGACACUUGCCGUGCUCUGGCCACUGUUCACAGUAAAAUCAAAUCUUCCGAUGAAUGCUCAGGUGCACAUCGAAACUCCUACUCUUAACGUAAGACUCGAUGCCAUAGUGAAAGGCAAAGGAGAGCUACAGCAGCUCUAUUGUCCUGGUACUAUUGACCAUUCCCACCAGUUAACUUUUAAACUAGACAAAUCGAAUUCCUUGGCAAAUCCCUAUGUUCCGCUCAAUUACAGCCUCGUAAACCAUCAGAAAUUCUUUAAGAAAUCAGAAAAGCAAGACAUAGAUGAGAUAUUGAGUGUUCUGAGUAAAUUUAGUGAAUCAAAGUGGCCAUAUUUUGGGGACGAGUUGGAUAAUAUCGAUUGGGUUGUUGAAGAUCAACCGUUGACUCAUGUUCAAGUUCGUUACCAAAACGCAUGCUUACACUCAUGUUCUUUACUGGUGGAAUUAAUUCCGUGGUGCCUCAUGGUUAAUACUUUAGGUACUCCGAUUGCUAUAAUGUUUAGCAGUACCGAGUUGUGUCGUUUACAGCAUCAUGGCAUUGUAGCACCUCCAAAACUAGAGGAAAACUUCAAUCUCGCCGUAUACAUCGGUGGUUCCUGGUACUUUUCUGGGCCACUACAAUUGGCCAAAUCCGAUUGGAGUCAGACUUUUUAUAUGCCAAAGUUCACAGGAACUAUACCAUUGGAAGGGUCUAUAAAAACGACCAUAAAAGGUGACACUCACAUCUGUACAGUGGCUUUGAGCAGUUCCGUCGCUAAUGAAAUAAGAUUGUUGAGGGUGUCGUCCACCCAUGUGGUUUCCAAUCACAUGACCAUGCAGAUGCAGGUUAUUUGCUUUGCAGUGCCCGAAGGUGAUAAAUUGUAUGAAAUCCCGAGAAAUAUCGAGCAAUAUAGUUUCACGGUUGCCCCACACCUUCACAAAAGGUAUGCUAUUAACUAA